UCACAUUCACACACAAUCGCUUCUAAAAGUCAGUCGAACAAAGAACAACAUGUACAAAACUGCUCUUAAAAAAGAAACCUGUGACUAUCACAAUAACGCUGGUCGAGUUUUUGUGACAAGUCAUGGUCAGGCAACAGCAACCACAUGCAACCCAACACGAGCACGCUCCCCAGGUAUGGCUCUUGGCGGCUUUCAGUCACCAUCGAAGAAGGCGAAUAAACAGUCUUACAGCGUCGGUAGCGUCGGCAACGUUAACAGACCGCAAACAGUAGCUCAUAAUUUCCUAACCUACCAACGAAUGGAGAUGGGUGGUCUGACAGCCAAGAAUUAUUCAACCAGUCUGACAUCUAAGAAACAUACAACCAAGAAACAGACGACCAAGAAAGAUACUAGUACACAACAGCCUGCGAAGUCACCAAGCUUAAAGUGGACAAGACGGAGUCUCAAUCCUUUCAAGAAAGAGAAGAACUAUAUGGAUCUGGUAGAUAGCUCCAUGGCCUCAGCGUUGGUGUUGUGUCCAACAGACCAGAAGGAGAAACCGUUUGAUACAACAAGUCAGAGUGCUAUGAGCGUGCUUAGUAUCUAUGUUUGAGGGUUGAAGCGGAACAUAAACUGCAACCUAAAAGCUCUAUAGGCCUUACACACAUGCAAAAGUGCCCACUCCUAUCAUUAGGGGGAGUAUAUAUUUCUCAUGGUGUUUAAAGUAGCAUUAUGCACUACGCCAGGUUCGGUGCUGUCGAUUCGUAUUCGACUUCGGAGAAUAUCAAAGUAUGAUAGCAAACUGGAAAUAAAAUAAUAUAUAUAAUCGUU